GAUUGAACCGGCUGCAUGGUCUCAAUAGAAGCUGAUAGAGUCAUCUUUGUCCCGAUGCCGCGACGCUGCAGAUUGAGAUCGACAUCUUGGCUCAGGUUCUUGACUUGGGUGAACGUGAAGAUACAUGGGAGAAGCUUGAGAAAGGGCUCAUUCGUUUUGCCGGUGUCACGCGAGGCGGCGGGUACAAGCACUUACCACUUUUCGUCGAUGCGCUUGGCCGAGGCAGAGGAAGGACAGCAUUAGGACCACAAGUCGUGGCGUGUAUGCUAUCGGAUCGAGGUCGAUUAUCCGGUACCGCGACGGAGUUCGUUCAAACCUUUGCGCCCCGACUGGCCCAUCAUUUCGCACCGCUCGUUCAACUCUACCUUGAUCCGCUGAUAAAACUCCUAGGACGGCCAAACAAAGUCGUCCUCAAGCGCACUGAAAAAUGUCUCUCCAUCAUCAUUUCGAAAUGUCAUAUUCCAUCCAUCCUGCUCGAGCUGAAACGAGGGCUAUAUGACGAAGCGGCGACGUGUAGGCGAGGCUGCUCAAUAGCCAUCGAGAGGGCCCUACACGAUUGGCCAGAAGAUGGAGCAACGUGGAACGAAAAGUCUUUAGAGGCACUCGAACAGGGGAUCAAGAAGAUGGCUACGGAUAAAGAUCCAGAAGUCAGACAGACUGGGAGGAGGGUAUGGGCGAGGUUUCAGGACCUUUUCCCGGAGAGAGUGGAAGAUUUCUCCGCACCACUGACUCCCACGGUUCGACGGUACCUUGAGAUCGCCCCGACCAAAGUUCAAAAGGCUGUCAAGUCUCGACCGAAACCACCCGCCAAGAUUCCAUUACCCCCUUCUCGCCCAUUAUCCGCGGCAUCUUCCUCCUCGUCUACAUCUGCCAACGUCCACGCGGCUCCACCUAUACGUCCGACCGGAAAAUCCGCCGCAUCAAAGCCCCUGCCCACACUCCACAAGUCCAAGAGUCAAAUCAUGAGACCCUUACCUGUCGUUCCUGUAGCGCCCUCGCGGGUCCCAUCGAAGCCCGUUGCUUUCGAUUCACCGCCGAAGCGAUCAUCCCCAGUGAAACGACACGAUCGACGAGAAGGACAUCAUGACUCGGGCCCGCGCAUCCCUUCCGCAUCCACGCGAGUCCCACAAACGACUUCUGUUCGUACAUCUCCAUCGAAGCAAUCGCCAGUGAAAGCAUGGCAACCGUUCCUCCUGUCCGCGGGGGCCUCCUCAAAAGCUUCACAUGCGUAUCGGGAUGAGCCCACAGGUUCCAUGUCAGAUCGUGUCAGGGAGAUGUUCCCGAGGUCCGUUUCGACUAUGGAGGUGCCUCUUCGCUCUACAGUCACGCGACACGCGAAGAAUAGCUCACAAUCCAGUUUGCGAGACCACGACAUCGGGCUAGCUAUGCCUAGGAGUAAUGUGGAUGGCAUGCCGGGACACGGACAACAAGGAUUGUCAAAAUCUGUCUCGACCAUGGCGUUCUCUCACCGUGUGCCGGUGGCCUCGCCUUUGGAAUCGACUCCAUACGCUCACGAACCCUCAGGGCAAACAUCUUUGGCUCGACCAGCUGUGGACGAACCGUAUGCCCUUGAGCCUCCAGCAGAGACGACGUCCGAGAACUCCACAGGCGGUCCAUCUGCAAUGGUCGGGGAAGAACCCGCGGUGGAACUCGGAGUGACACAACAGCUCUCAUCAGGACUCACCUCGAGUGUUUCUCUCCCGAGCCCGUUGCGCGCCCUCGCGGAGCCCUCGGUUACCCCUGGGCCCUCUUCGGCUCUGCCGCCCCGCGAGAGCACGUCUCUCGGAUCCGGAUCCGGGUCAAGCAUCAAGAACAAAAUAGCCAUGUUUGAACAGCGAUCCCGAGAAGCGACAAGUGGCUCAGCAUCACCUACACCGACCAUCGCUCGGAUAGUCAGUUCCUCAAAAGGUCAAGGAUCGCCUUUGGCACACCUUUUCCAGGAAUCACCGUUACCUGUGGGGUCUGUCUCUCCCCUCGUCAAGCUUGAUGAUGGGGACAAUAUGGGCGCCACGCCUCGAGUUCGGGCUGGGAUGGAUUCCAUGGGGGAGACGACUUUCCGGGUUGGACAUGGCGUCUCGAAUGGGUAUCUUGAAGAGCUUGCUGGGGUGUUUGAUGCCCCAGUGGCGGAGUCGCAGGUCGUCGAGCCGUUAAUUGAUACGACGGAGAUGUUGGAAGGAGCUGAGCUUGUGACUGAAGCUUUGGAGACACAGGCCGUUUCACCGGGAAAGAAUGAGAUGGCGGAGGAGUUGGACCAACAGCAUGACCCUGAUGGACCGGCGAAAGAUUCUGAGAUCGGGGAGGGUGCUGAAGAACAGAUCGAGGAACGCCAAAAUCACCCUGUUGUGACGGACGAUGUCGCUCAUGCGCUCGUAGACACGAAAGACACCCUCGAAAACGUCAUACAGCCGACUGCGCCUUCCACUACUCUGCUCACAGCCGAUCUGCCCAAGGCAGCUGGGUUGCCGGCACAUUCGCGCACUGUUUCGGCGAAUCUCAAUCGGGAGACCCGCGGAGCCGCCCCCAGACCGCCAUUAGGUCGAGCUGAACGCAAGCCAUUCAAACCUACGAGUCAUGCCCAACCCACAGCUGCAUCUCUCGCUCGAACCACCAGCAACCCUUUGAAGAUCUCGAGGGAUGUAUCGUCGACUUCAAGACCGCCUGUGCCAAAGCUACCUCCGGCUGUACGGCUGCCAAGCAAGGCAGUCCCAGAAUCUCGGAAAGCCAGUACGAAACCGGUGGCAUCCUCCGAUCCGAUACCAACUGUGGCUCCUCCUGCAGCCCCUCGCCCACCUACCAUGCCAUCUUCUGCAUCUGUCCGAUCGUUCAGCGCAUCGACAGUUGCUAGCGGACUUAAACAGACGCUUGGCUCUGCAUCUCAGAGUGGAUCGACGCUUGACACCCGCUCAGAAAUGGGUCGAGCGAAGCAAUCGAUGCCACCGCGAGUCAUAUCCAAUACUCUUCCGCCCAUCCGCAAAGAGAAAAUCAAGCGCAAAGCUCCACUCCCGUCUUUCGUACCGACUCGGAAUAGGGCACAGGCGGGAGCUACCUCGGCUCCGGCGCCAGCGCCAGCACCACCGCUGCCUCGAUCGGUGUCGAGCCAAUCCGGUGCGACGGCGAGAGUGAGAUCCGUUGUGGCCAAAGUUCGACCCGAGGCUAUUCCUUUACCUGCAAGCCCACACCACCAAGGCUGCUCGACAUUGCAAGCGCCCUCGCCUUCAUCACCACAUCUCAUACCGUUGCAAAAAAGCCCUACGGUGCCUCACCUGACGCCUCUUCGAAAAGCUCUCAGCGGAACACCUAUAAAAGCCAAGGUGUCUCCCGCUCUGAUGGCUGAAUCGGCGGUUGUGGCGUCGAUGCACGCUGCUCCGGCAUCUUCGCUCUCGCCCAUCGAUGCGUGGAGGAGAGCGAUUCCACCAUCACCUGUGGACAAGAUCGAGCAGUGGCGUGAAAAUGUCCCUCCUUCUCCACUAGCCGUCCGACGAGGGUCUGCGAAUCUGUCCCCAUUGAGUAUUCAGCACCCUCACUUGGCGACUCAGGGGCUGGUGGAAGUGGAGUCACCAACAUCAAGUCGUCUCGGCGAGCGCGAGGUCCGUUCCCUUGGUGUCUCCUCACCAGUGAGAAAGAUGUCCACCAGAAGCUGGACCUCUCCUUCGCCAUUGGCCAUACAUGCCAUGUCGUCUGAAAUGCCUGUCUCGCCUUCUCCGCGAUACCAGGGAGAGGUUGACAACGACGACGACGACGAUGAUGAUGGAGACGAGGUGGGAUCUCCGACCAGGUCACACGGGCAUAUGCCACGGCAGUCUCCCGUGAUGUCUAAGGGGGCAAGCGACACGGUGCCGAGUCCGUUCCUUAAAUCCGGUGGGGCGUCUGAAAGUCGUCCGUCUAGGUCGAGACUAUCUCUCGAAGCGACGACGCCCCUACGACUUCGGGUCCCGCCUACAUCUCCAUCACCCCUCGCCACGGCGACGCUGGCGCGUGUCUCUGCCGAACAACUCGUAGCUCUGUCACCUACGGGUUCUCGAUCAUCUCUACCUUCAUUGUUCCAAGCCCAAGUACCAUCACCUGCCAACGCGGAGCGCGAUGCUUUCCCAUCCAAUUCGACGAGAUAUACCAAAGCCUCGGGGACAUCUACCCAGCCUCCCCUUUCGGAGGAUCUAGACGAUGAGGCACUGGACGAAGGUCAAGAAGCGCUUCAAGGGAUUCGUUUUAACAACAAAUCCUCGUCGACUCAACCGAUUCUUCGGCCCAGACCCAAAGUCAAGAAUCAGCUUGUGGUCGAUGGUGGAGAUUUGAUAGAGUUUUCACGAUCUACUCGCUCUGUUCGCGGGGUUCAAGCCAGCAGCGGCGGAGAGCACCUGAGUCCGAUCCAUGGCCAACGGACCGACGUCGUCGUAGAUCGAUCACCGGAAAAGAGCGUGGAGAUUCUGUUGGCAAAGAUUUACGAUGGUUCACCUGUCAAGAUGCGGACCCCGAGUGCUCUUGCUGCUAGACGAGCUGCGUUGAGUGUGAGGGAUGCGAAUGCUUCGCCAGAGGGGGAGGAGCAGCUAUGAGCGGGCUUUUGUGCUUUAGUAGUAGUAGCGGUGUUCAAGCAUGCAUAAGAUACCAUGAGUUUGUAAGAGGAGGUGUUUGCCGUGCUUUGUGUUG